CAGCAGCGAGCAGCUCCUACACUAAACUUCCGGAUGGGAUCCCGCGCCAAACUCAAGCUACGGCGCACGCGCGUUACAGAAGUCCCGCGAAAUCUCCCGGAAGCUCAACAUGUCCGUGGUGAAGCUGCUCCUUUCUUAUCUGCUGUUCAAAGAGGCUCAUGCACUGUCAGGGAACUUCUGGCACAUCACCGAUCUGCAUUGGGACGACACAUUCAACCUGAGCGAUGACCCUGAACUUGUGUGCAACUCAAGCGGCAGACGACCCGCAACCAAUGCUGGGAAGUAUGGAGACUAUGUUUGUGACUCACCGCUGCAUCUUAUCAUCUCCUCUGUGAAUGCCAUGAAGGAUAUUCUACCAGACCCUGACUUCAUCGUGUGGACAGGAGAUAACACACCACAUGUACCUGAUAAGGACAUGGGUGAAGAGAGAGUGCUCUACAUUAUGAACAACCUCACUCACAUCAUAAAACAGGUCUUUCCACACACUAAAGUGUACACCGCCCUGGGAAACCAUGACUACCACCAAAAGAACCAGCUUCCCACGUUCACUAACAACAUCUACAACCAGACAGCAGAAAUGUGGAAGGACUGGUUGGAUCCUGAAUCCCAAGAAACAUUUAGAAAAGGUGGAUUUUACACAGAAAAGUUGCUGAGUCGAACAGGGUUCAGGAUGCUGGUCCUCAACACUAACCUCUAUUAUGACCAGAACAGGGAGACCCUGGGUAUGGACGAUCCAGCGGGCCAGCUCCAGUGGGCUGACCGUGUUCUUACAGAGGCCGCCAACAACAAAGAGAAGGUGUACAUCAUUGGUCACGUCCCCCCGGGCUUCUUUGAGAAGAAGAGAUCCAAGCCCUGGUUCAGAUCUGAGUUCAACAAGGAAUACUUGGAUUUAAUCCAGAGGCAUCAUUCUGUCAUUCUCGGGCAGUUCUUCGGCCAUCACCACACCGAUAGUUUCCGCAUGUUCUACAGCUCAGAGGAGCCACGCUCUCCUAUCAGUGCCAUGUUCCUCAGCCCAGGGGUCACACCGUGGAAAACAACCCUUCCUGGAGUCGAGGAUGGAGCCAACAACCCUGGGAUUCGGGUCUUCGAAUAUGACACCGAAACACUCCUGGUCAAAGAUGUGGUGACUUAUUAUCUGAAUCUGACCCGAGCUAAUGGAGCCCGUGGGCGCUGGGAGAAAGAGUACCGCCUCACAGAGAGCUUCAGAGUGCCGGACGCCUCCCCAGCUUCCAUGCACCAGGUCCUGGAGCGCAUCGCUAACAGCCAGUGCCACCUGCAGAAGUACUACGAGUUCAACUCUGUCAGCUAUGACCUGACAGAGUGCGACAGCGACUGCCGCAUUGACCACGUUUGCGCAGCCAGAGAGGUGGACUUUGAGAAGUACAACAACUGCCUGAAAGCAGAAGGUUCCGCCGCUAUUCACGGGUGUGGUCUCCUGCCGCUCAUCUCUGUGGCUGUAAGUUUGGUGUUGGCCAGUCGGUAAUGAUGAGUGUCAUCAACAUCUAUCGCAGAGGAUGUUUAAAAUAUAUAAUUUAUGCCUCAAGAUGUUAUUGGAUCAGAAAUGACUGAAAUUCAAGAUCAAAAGUUGUAUAUAUUGUGGCCGUGGACAUUUUUUUUUUUUUAAUAAACAGUCAGCAUCAGUUAAAUCACAUUAAAUUAUGUGACAUCUUUAACUGGACUGAACGAUUCACUACAUAUAGUUAAAGGUUCAGUGUGUAGAAUUUAGUGACAUCUAGGGGGGAAGUUGUAUGUUGCCGCUGAAUACCCCUCACCUCACCUCACCCUCCCCUUCCAGACACGAAAGAUAACCAGUGCCUUUAGUUGUCAUAAAAACUCCAAAGGUGUUUAGUCUGUCCAGACUGGGCUACGGUCUGCUCCCGAUGUAAAUAUAAAGUAUAUACAUAUAAAGGUUCCUUUCUAGGGUAAAGAAAACCCAGAUUUGUUCAAUUUAGAUGAAACACACUAGUGAAAACAUGACUAGGAUUAUUUUAUAUUCAAUUACUUUCAUUAGAUCCCUUUCACCGAAAAAUCUUACACACUGAACCUUUCAGGAAGGAAACACAAAACAACCUUUGGCUUUAGCUUUAGGUGCGGCCUCUUUAAUGUGGUCUAUGGGUUUUGGUUGAACACUUCAUAUCUAGUCAAACACUUAUCGUCCUGUGGCUCAGUGGCUUGAGUACAUACACAACACAUUGACUCUGAUGUUCUGGAGCAGAUCCAGAUGUUCUAUUACCCUGUGAUUUCCUCUGAACCUCUACUGUUUCUAUUUAAUAAACCCAGGAAUCUAUCGUUAUAGUUGUAUGAAUGAUGUUUUUAACGGAAAGAAUAAACACACUUGCAAUAUGAGAAAUGUUCCAAUAAGUCUGAUGAUAAACAUGAAUUGCACUUGUUCAGGUCUGCAUCACUUAAAUGUACAUGUGACCUAUUUCUGAUAAAGCUGCACUAUCUGGGUUCUAAGACGAUUCCUGUUAUCUCAUAUCUCUUUAUAAAGUUUUAAUGAGUUUUGGAUUACUGCCAGUAAAGUGUCACUGCAGAACAGAGACUGGACUUUGAGCCAAUUAAAGACACAUUUAUUGAGUAGUCCAUGUGCUGGAGCAGUGUAUUUGACACAUAAACAACACACUUCAGUCGAUA